UCCCACCCAAAAGGUCCGGGCAUGACCGCUCUCACGCUUCUCUGGCAGCAUGUGCGGCUAAUCCAUCUCAGAUGUCAGAAACACUUUGUUCUAAUUAUGAAAAAUAAAGGCGAUUACGGAUGAUUUCAGUCAAUGAGAUAUUUUUGCGUAAGUUGCUUCGCGAAGUUGUCUUUCCUAGUGAAUUUAGAUUUUUUUUAAUUUAAUAACAUUCUACGAUUUUGUAAAAUCUCUCCGUGCAUGAUGCCACAUUUCUGUUAUCUUCAGCAUCGGUACUAACAAUUAUUAUAGAACCUGCCGAAUAUACAAGCGUUGCAUUGUUUAAAAAACGGAAAGCCUCAUCGCCAGAUUCUGUUUCCACUGUGCAAUUAUCCGUAACUGUAUGUGCAAUGGAUAACAGCAGUCUAGUAAAUACAACGGACGGCCCAUAUGAUUUUUUAAGUACAGCGCUGGUGGAAACAAGCACUGUGUCGCAAGGUGUUUCGUUAGUGGACCCAACCGCUGUAACAAAAUCAUGCCAGCAGGAUUUAAUGGAGUUGGCUGCAGAAAUUGCAAAAGCAGACAGCUGUGUGAAAGCCAAUGCAUGUAACAAGCUGCAAGUGAUCGCAGAGCAGAUCAGAUUUUUGCAAAGACAGGCCCAGGGUAUUUUGCUGGAGGCGGAACGGAACGCCAAGCUGCACCAUGUGGCUUGCAAUUUUGUGAAGCGACCUGGUCAAAUCUAUCAUCUGUACCAGCGGGAAACGGGACAGUUUUACUUUUCCAUGCUUAGCCCGGAAGAAUGGGGCAGUUUGGCUCCGCCGCAAACUUACAAGGGUUCCUUUAGACUGGAGCAGGACCGCUCGUGGACCUCGGUGUCUCAACUGCAGGCGAGGAACAUCGAGUUGAGCUUGCUCGAGAAAUUCAUACCCUCCGAUACGUCGAACGUUUUGCAAUCCGUCAUGUCAAGCGCCAACACGUAACGUACGUAAUUGGUGAAUUAGUUGCGAAUAAGUUGUGGAAAGUAAGAACAAAGUUGUAAAUUAAGAACAAAAGCGUAUUGAUAGGAAAAGAUUUGGUAACAUUUUACCGCGAGCCAACUUAUUUCAGUUUGAUAGAUUAAAGCGUCCUCGUCGUGUAACUCAACAAGCAAAUUUAUUUUGUGAUAUAAUAUCGAGCUACUCGUAGUCCCUAUUUGUAAAUGUACAUACAAAUAUAUUUCAUAUAUUAUAUAUAGAUUCUA